AUGUGGCCCGAAGCUGAAGGACACCCGCUGGUGGCCAAGCCAUGCGCUCUGCACUCUGGAAUGGACCUCGGGACAAUGGAGCCCGACGAGGACUACCAGUCCCCCUUUGAUUUUGCUGCCGGGGUGAACAAAGAGUACUUGUACCUGUCUCCCAGCGGACACCCAUCGCCCCCUGGAUCGCCUGUUCUGCAGAAACUUGAACAAGGUCUGCUGAGAACAGACUCAGCGCCCGAGGCCGGAGAAGAUGUUGCUGCUACCAUCGGUGCCACGGAGACCCUGUCUGAGGAUGAACAAGAAGAGCUCAGGAGAGAGCUUGCAAAGGUAGAAGAAGAGAUUCAGACCCUCUCUCAGGUGUUAGCAGCAAAAGAGAAGCACCUGGCAGAGAUCAAGCGGAAACUCGGGAUCAAUUCCCUCCAGGAGCUCAGGCAGAACAUCGCCAAAGGGUGGCAAGACGUGACCGCGACGCCUGCCUACAAAAAGACAUCUGAAACCUUGUCUCAAGCCGGACAGAAGGCGUCGGCUGCUUUCGCAUCGGUGGGAUCAGUCAUCACCAAGAAGCUGGAAGACGUAAAAAACUCUCCAACUUUCAAGUCAUUUGAAGAGAAGGUUGAAAACUUAAAGUCUAAAGUAGGGGGGACCAAGCCUGCCGGUGGUGACUUCGAAGACGUCUUGAAUUCGACUGCGAAUGCCAGCGCCACGGCCACGGAGUCUCUCCCAGAACACACGCAGGAGGGCCCGUGAGGUCCUGCCUCUGCCCUGCCACCCACUGCCAGAUGCUGCCAGCGAGACCAAGCACAUCUUGUCAACGUUCAUUGCCGUGAAUUCCCACCCCAUGUGCUUUUAUUUAGCCUAACUUAUUCCUUUGACCAAGUAGUCUAUGGGUUGAACAAAAUAAAAAUAUCUCCACCUCUGUUCCUGGGAAGCACCUUCGCCGUGCAUUUCUGGCCCUUGAUUUAGGAAGCGCCACUACAAAAACACGUGGUACCUGGGGACCCUCACUAGGAUGAUCGGAGAAGUGGCAGGUUGUCAUCAUGGUUUCCCUCCUUUCCCCCAUCGCUCUGGAUCUGGGAUGCCAGUUUGAUUUUUGUCUUCUAUAUGAUUUUCUUUUUCUCCUUUUUUGAACCUCUGUAUAUUUGAUUUCUAAAUACAUUGUUCCUUUAAAUUUUCUGAAUCCUGGUUAUUAAAAGUCUUGACAUAAUUUUCUUUACCUCCAAGGGAAGAACUAUCAGCUACAAAACUUGUUUUUGAGUAGACACUGUUUUGGUGUAAGGUUGUCUGAUAUCUUGGGCAUCUGAAGACAGCAGACUAAGUACGUCAGCUCUAUACCCACUUGUUACAGUUUGUAAGUGACAAUAUCUACAGUAGUAAAUUCAAACUCCUUAGUGACUGGAGAAUGGAACCCUCACGUCCUUGUCACCGUUUAUGACAGUAAUCAUUUCAGUGGGCUGGUUCUUAUGCCACUUACAGCAACCUAUUUUUCAGCAGAUUACAUUUGAGUUUCAGGGUAAACUGCAGAGUAAUAUUCUAAAUCAAGCACAUUGUCUUCUCAGUAGGUGGAUAUAGGAACACUCUCGUCAGACAUUCAAUUCAAAAGCUGGAAAGUUUUUUAGAUCUAGUUAGAGGUAAAAAUGCUAAAAUCAGUCACAUUAGGGAAAACAUUCCAGUCUUCAUAUAAUUCAUUUAGCACCAUUUAAAAAUAAGUAAAAUAAAACAAAACUAAAAAGCACACAGAGUUAUCUAAUAUAAUUUGAAAAAAUUUUAUACUGAGAGGUUGAUGAUAACUCCAGAGGAUUUAACGCAUUGACAAAAAUCACCUCACCAUUUGCUACUUCCAUGUUUUCAGUGUGUUAAGAAUUACUAAAUGAUUCUGUAGAUGUUGCCCCUGCUUCAAACACUGAGUGUCAGGGCCGAGUGCACCAAAGCCUCUAGAAGGAUCGGCAUGGAGGCCACAGUGCUCUUUUCAUUCUAAUAGCUACUCGUGCAUUAAUUACCACUACCUUUUCCUUCUGCUGUGUAUGGUUAUGGCCUACAAUGUUGUAUUUGUUAUUUAUCAAGUUGUGAUUGUUUUGUUAUUGUCUAUGCCAAAUGUUCAUUGCCAAGCUUGGAGUGACCCAAAGCGUUUUUAAAAAGCAUGGCUAGAUUUACUUCAGCAGAAAUUAUCUUAUGAAAACCACAUUUGAAAAUUCAUAGGUGUUGACUCUUCUAAAAUAACAUGCUGCUGGCCUUGAUUAUUAGAGCUUCUUAGCACUUUAGAUGCAAUUGAAACUCUGCUCUACUACACGUGAAAAUCUUAAUAAAUUUUGUAUACCAAUAGUAUAGGUCUCAACAUUUAUUAUGAGACCAGUGGUCUGCAAACAGCUUGUAUUAAACAAUCAACAGGUGUCUAUGCUUAAAAAAAGGGGGCAUUUUUUUACCAUCUGCUUUAAAUCACUGCUUAAUGGUAUCAGACUAACUUCAUAAAUUAUUUCCUUAUGGAGGAUUUAAGGGGAAAGUCGUUGAAGCAUUGUCCCAGAGGAGUGGAUCUGUAGAAAUCUGUGUUUUUUUAAAAAAUAGAAAUAUUGUGGUUACUUAGCAUAACUGUUAAGUUAUAUUUUUCUACCAACUAUGUCACCUUUCAAUUUGUUAUCACAAUAUGUUUUCAUCAUAUUGUUUCUUGAGCAUCCUGGAGUCACUAUCUUUUCAACAAGGUAAAAUGAAAUAAGAUGGCAGUUUUUUUAGUUAAGUGAAAUAUUCUCAAAUCUCUUUAGUUUAUGGGGAGAAGUAACAGAAAUGGGGGUGGAAAAUGGGAUGGGUGUAUGUGGGUAUUGGCAAUGGCUGUGAAAGAAGAAAUCAGAAAAUCAUUACACUUAAUCUAAAAAUGAGUUAAUCUACGGUAUAGUAAGUUGCCUCUUAAAAGAAGUAGUCAAAAGUAGGGAGGAGGGCGAAUUUAGAAAAAUAGACAUGGAUUUAGAAAUAUUAUUCAAAAUGGUCUUUGUGGAAGAUUCAAUGUCAUGAACUCAGUUACACUCUAUUGUGUUUUGUGUUUGACACUUUAAGAAAACAGCAAUUUGAGAGCAAACUCUCAGAUAUUCAAGGAUUCAAGAAGUGUCAGAGAAGAAAAUAACCCCUGAAAUUGUCCCCUUCUUACAAAGGAAUGCCUUUGGUUUAUGGAGUUUGUGGGAAAGAAAACAAGAAUUCUUAUGCUUGUGAGGCCAAAGUAAUCAAUGGAAGAGAGUACAACUCACUGGAUUAUCUUAGUAAUUCAAAUAGAGAAAAAAGCAUGUUUAAUUUCGAAUCACUAUUUCUGGAUCUGUUAAUCAAGAAAUGCACACUGUCUAUUUUUCUUUUGUAUAGUAUUUGAAAACAAUAAAAAGUCUAUAAUUUGGG